AACCACUGCUGUGGAGCUCAGGAUCCGGAUGACUGGGAUCUAAAUAAUUACUUCAGCUGUAAUGGAACCCAUCGCAGCAGAGAGAAGUGUGGCGUUCCAUUCUCCUGCUGCAAUACUGAUCCUGCUGACUCGGUGGUCAACACUCAGUGUGGCUACGAUGUCAGAAACAGACCGAAGAGAGAGUGGAGCGAUCAUAUCUACACUAAAGGUUGCAUCAUUGCGUUGGAGGACUGGUUACCAGGGAACCUUUACACCGUGGCCAUUGUGUUCAUCGUCAUCUCUCUGCUGCAGGUACAAGAACCCUAAGUACACAGCUCCCUCAGUACACAGCUCCCUCAG